GCCAGAUAAAUACCGGUACAAGUACGAAUACAUUCAACGUUUAGGGACUCCGUAUAACACAUUCCACUAUAUCUACCUCUACGGGUUUGGCCAGAGCGAAAGUGGAAGCCAAAGCAUCGCAUCUAAAGAGUGUAUACCACAGUAUGUGCAUGUCCUCUUGGUGCAUAGGGGUACUAAGUACAUGGCGAGAUGCGACCAUCCUCGGCAAACUUUGUACUGGGACAAGUGUCCUGCAUUUUGGAAGCUGACUGCAACUUGGCCAAGACUUUACCUAUUCCCCUGUAAGGCCAUGUUGGCGUGUACCGUGACUCUAUUCGUACUCCAUAUUGGUUGGGACCAAUCUCGCGCAGUGGAACGUCAUGGUACCCUAUACGAAGUACGUUGGCACUUAUCAAACCACCGGAGGGUUUCCCCGCUACAUGUGAGGUCCCCUACCCUUGAAUCGAACAGAGGGACUGGAAGCUCCAGAGAACGAGAGAACGUAAGCCCAGGUCCUUUUAUGCAAUUGUCAACUCUUUGUGUUACGCACCUGGUCCAGGACUGACCGAAUGAGUCUAAUGAGCGACCUAGCGGCUAGCAAGACUGCAUGCUGCAUGGUGCAACGGUAGGUAAGGUAGUGACGGUACUCACUACUUACAAGCUGAGAUAUCAAC